AUGGUCUGCGAUACUCUCGUCUACCACCCUUCGGUCUCUAGACUUAUUAGCCUUUUGGAUACCACUGCUGGAAGAGAAAAGAUUUUGAGACUACUCCAGUAUCUGUGCCGCUUUCUGGGAUACCAAUACUCAUCGAUUCUGGCCAAAAAACUGCAAACGGAGUUUACGACCGUGCGGAAGAUUUUACGGUUUUUGAAACCCUUGAACCAUUUGCAACUGGCUUCAAAGUUCUACGACAACAAGAUCUCGAACGAUAAUGUUGUGCGUGUGUUCAACAUUCUUAAAAACUUGGCUUACGCUGGUUACCUGACGCUCGACCAGAUCAAUUUGUUACGAAUCCUGAAACUCGUUCCGGUCACCAAAACCACAGGCAUCACGGUCCCACGCUGGGCCAAUUGGUGCUGGCUCGGAGGUCUAAUCAGUGGUCUGGUCCUGGACUUACGCAAGCUACAGGUUACUCAAGAGCACAUCAAGCUGGGUCUUAUCACUAACCACGACGAGAAGGAUCUCAAGACCUCACAGCUAACCAAACACUACCAGGACCGGGCUGCUGCGCUCAAGAGACUAUUGUGGGACUCUCUCGACACUUUCAUCGUCUUGAACAAUCUCCAGUUCUUACAGUCGCCCGACGGUUCUAUUGGGUUGGCAGGCGUUGCUACCUCGCUCUUUGGAAUCCAAAGCUUAUGGGAAACCGCUUGA